CUCCACAAAGUUUGCGGAAGUUUGUUUUUAAGAAUUCAAGUGGAAACUAAGUACCAGGCUGGUGAAAGCCAGAGAAACUUGGAUUGUGUCUUCUUUUGGGGGGUGGGGAGGAGUUGCGGUUUAAUAGAUGGACCUCACAUCAGAGAAAAUACAGCGGAUCCUUUCUAAGUACAAAUUUCGCGAUGUUGCUGUUGAGGAGCUGCAGAAAAUCCAUCGAAUCUAUCCCGGGAUGAAACCAUCCACAGGCACAUACACAUUCAGUGACAGCACUCAGAAAGAUCUUCUGAAAUUAACUGGUACCAUCCCGGUCAAGUAUGAAGGUCGCUCCUACAACUUCCCCAUUCAGCUGUGGCUAUUGGACUCCUUCCCCUUCACUCCUCCCAUAUGCUACCUCAAACCCACGUCUAACAUGGUCAUCAGAGAGGGCAAGCAUGUUGAUGCCCAUGGACGUAUCCAUCUCCCUGGACUUCACAGCUGGGAUCAUCCAAAGUCAUCUGUGGUGGGUCUUCUGAAUGAGAUGGUGACCAAGUUUGAGGAGGAUCCUCCAUUGUCCUCAAAGACCACAGGAGACAACAAAGACCCCCAUGAUCUCCUGGCAUUUGUCUCCAAUUUCCAGAUCAGUGAUGGUGGAACGAGACAUCACGAUCAACCUACCAACAAAGUCUCAGUUAUUGGGGGAGGAGAUUUAGGAAUGGCAUCAGUGAUGAGCAUUUUAUCUAAAUGUAAAGUGGAUAAACUUGUUUUUAUUGACGUUGCUGAGAGUUCCACCAAGGGCGGCAGUACAGAUCUGGAGAUUUUCAGCCUGCCAAAGGUUGAAGUAGCCAGAGAUUUCUCAGCCUCCGCAGGCUCCAGGGUGGUUGUGGUGACUGCAAACGCAUGGAGCAGCGAGCAAUCGUAUGUAAGCGUGGUUCAGACCAAUGUCGACUUGUAUAGAGGAAUAAUUCCCAAUCUGGCACGUCUCAGUCCUAACGCUGUGAUGCUAAUUGCAUCACAACCAGUGGACAUAAUGACCCAUGUUGCCUGGAGGCAGAGUGGCCUACCUCCAACACAUGUGAUCGGAGCAGGGUGUAACCUGGACUCAGAGCGACUCAGUCAUGUCCUGGAUAUCAACCUGAACACUCACAAACCAGCCUGGGUCAUAGGAGAACUUUCAGACAACAAAAUUGCUGUGAUGAGCAACACCAGCCUGAGUUCCAGUGCACCACAUGAGAUUGCCCCAGGAUCCAGCUCUACCAAACCACUGUUAGACAGAGCAUUUGAGAUAAUGAAGAAUCGAGGCCAGCGGUCGUGGUCGGUGGGUCUCUCUAUUGCUGACAUCACAAAUAGUGUCCUGAAAGAUAAGAAGAAGAUGCACUCGGUCUCCACACUCGCUCAGGGCUGGGGUGGCAUAGGUACAGAGGUAUUCCUCAGUUUGCCGUGCAUCAUGGGAGCAAAUGGUUCCACACGUCUAGCUGGGGUGUCACUGGGACAGGAAGAAGACUCCAAACUCAGGAACAGUGUCACCUCCCUUUCAACCCUCAUGGCUCAGCUUAGGAUAUAAAGGAUACGAGCAGUGUGGGAGUACCUCAGCUGCUUACUCCCCCAUCCCCAGCAGGUGGACUAUGCCUGUGCUGAGGUUGCAUGUAGUUUCAGUUAUCUCCUUGCACUCUCCUUUUUAGGAUACAGAUAACACUUCUAUCUUGAAUUUGUUCAUCCAUUGUCUUUUGGCAAUGUGUAGCAAAGCAGUACUGGCAAUGUACAGAUUGCAUUUUGCAUUUUGAAGUAGCCAGAACUAUGACAAGCUGUUCAUUUUGGUCUCUAUAAAAAUGACAAUUUGUCACAGCUUGCUACAAGAAUGUACGGAAACUUUCUGAAAAAGCAUGUAAAGAAUUGCAACGCUUGUAGCCUUGAAUUGUUUUGUAAAUAACCCAAGU